AUGUCCAAGGCACCCAAGACGAAAAAAACAACACUCCAUUAUCAACCUUAUCAAGCUCUUAGCAAUGGUGAAGAUGAUGACCAGUCCAUAAACUUAAAUAUGCCGGAUAUUCCGUUGCAUUUGGACCCGGUGCUCUUAGGCCUGUCGUCAAACAUGAGUCGCAACUUGUGGGACGACUGGAAUGAAAACGAUGCCAACUUUAAUAUGAAGCUCGACAUGUACACGGAUGAAGUGAGUACGGUUAGCACGGUUAGUUCCACGACGAGUCCGAACCUUACGAUGCACGUCAACAGUAGUGAAAACUUUUCAGGCUAUGAACAGCAGCAAAACGUCUUGCCCGGCACGAUGACGUAUCAUUCGCACGCACUCGGGGGGAGUGAAGAUAUCGUCAAGAUGUUGGACGAUACGAACGCGACGAUGUUCUCCAAGCAGUUGGACGCAGACCAGAGUAACAAUGUGGCCAUGGAGAGCAUGAAUUUGAACCCCAGCCAGAACAUGAUGGGCUUCCAGCAGCAGCAACAGCAACAACAGCAACAGCAGCUACAGCCGCAGCCAAAUCAUAUGCAACCAUUUCAGCAACAAAUGCAAAUGGAGCUACAGCUUCAGCAACAACAACAACAACAAUACCAGCAACAGGAAAAACAAUUUCUGCAGACAGCUGGUUCUGCCGCUCUGAAUACCUCAAGCUGGAUGAACGACUUCGGUACUAGUACCCAGCUCAAUGCAGCAACAAGCGCGCCGGCUUCUGGCAGACCCAGCAAGCCGUCCGCAAGCCGUCAUCAUUCACGCCAAACAAGCUGUACAGCUUUCGAUGUUGCCGUUGAUGGGGAUGCUGCUUCGUUGACUGCCCAGCAUCAAACGUCUCAAGUUCCAGUGAUGUCCGUUACGUCUUCGUCUCCUGUGCCCCCUACAGCCCAGACUGCUUUGGACUUGAAGAGCGCUAAUGAGAAGCUUAAACUAGCAAGAACACAAACUGAUACCCUUUCUGCUUGUGGUACUACCAGUGAAGAUGCUAGCGUCGCUAACAAGGCAAACAACGCAGUUACGGGUCAGAGCAGUAACAGCGAUGCGAGCUUAUACGGUCCGUCACAACAAGCUACCGGAUUAGAUGCCGAUGGGAAUGAACGGAAUGCCAUUUCCAAUGCAAAUGCAAGUGCAAUUUCAGCUGCAGUUGCAAAUGCAGAUGGCUCAGCUGGCGCAAAUGAACGGAAUGGGCGGUAUAAAUGGAAUGGAUGGUAUGAAUGGGGUCUGUGGAAUAUGCAACAGCAACAAAUGAAUCCGCACAGCAGGCUCUCUGGCGACAUUGAGAUGACCUCAGCAUUCUCAACGGAAACGGCUUCUGCCAGGGGUUCGAUGUUAAAGCCAGCUAGGACCCUGCAGCCGAACAGUGCGUGUGGAGGACCGGGUUUUGUAAACAUUGCUAGAAAGCCAGAGGAGCCGGGAGUGAGCAGUAUUUUGAAGUCCCUCAUGGAGGAAGAAGCGAAGAAGAAAGAAAAAAAGCUUGAGCGGAAUCGCGACUCAGCUCGAGAGAGCCGCAGAAAACAGCAGACGUAUGUGGAAACUCUGGAAAAUGGUAUUAAACGUCUACAGAUUAAUCGUGACCUUGUUCGCUCCUAUCGAUGGGGUAUCAGCGGUCCAGGGUUCGGACCUCUGCCUCGCCCAAACUCGCCUGAAAUGUCUGAUUGGAACAGUCGUGUUGCAGUGGUAACGGGACGCACUGAAGCUUUCUCAAAUAUUCAGAAUCCUGCAAAUUUCCAGUCUCUUAUGCGACUCAACCGACAGCGACGUACACUUGCUACGCAAUACCAAGAGCGCGAACUUGCGGUCUGGAAAUGCUUUGUGUUUGUUGGACGCGAGCUUGCAGCGAUGCGCACACGUGUGCUACAAGUGCAGAUGCUGCGCACGUUUUCAGAAAAUCCUUUGGCAAAGGAGUUAGAUGCAUUGCUGAAUUUGUCAGUCGACCAAAAGCUGCAGCUCCAGUGUCAUGCACAGCAAAUGGUUAAUGAGGAGGUUGUGGAACUGACAAAGCUAUUUAAGAUUUUCUAUGCUCUACGCAAUGAAGCUCUUCGGUUAAAUAUUCUAUCUCCAUCACUGGAACGCCACUUCCGCGAGACUUGUUCGUUCGGCCAGCUUCAUAGGUUGCUGCAGUGGACGGAGAGUCAUCGCACGGUCAUCGAAACGGAUCUUUGUCUAGACAAAAUUUAG